AUCUUUGCUGUGGUGUUUACCUGGCUAUGUAUAGUUGGAUUAGUUAAAUCCAAGGAAGAAGAAAAAUCAAUGUCAGAUUACAGCUACCUCAAGUCUCUGAUUCGAUUACCUCAGAGUUACAGCUAUGGACUAAAAAUAGGGUUUCCACCUGGUAUAAUUGGAAGUGAACUUCUACCUAUAGUCAGCCCACCUUCAAAAGGUUCCUUGCGAAUUAAACCUUGGUUUAACAAAAGGAGAAGCAAAUGGAUUCGAGAGUUUUCAUCAGAGAAAGACUUAGAAGAAAUGUGCAUUAAGGGCAAUCAAUACUGGUUGACUUGUGCCUUUCGGUGGAUGCAACUCCUAGAUCACCAAAAGAUUUUCAAUGAUAUUCAAAAUACCAGAAAUCUGGAAUUCAAAGCCGCCAUGCAACAGGCUGUUCCUAGCGCCGAUUUAUACAGAAUGGAAUAUAUACUGAACUUAUGCCAUUUCAGACGCAUUUAUCAAAUUCAUUCAAACAAUUUAUUCAUGAUUCCAGAUCCUUAUGGGCUGUGUCCUCGUGUAUGUGAUGAACGUAGUGGAGCUUUCAGGGAGAGUGAGGAGGAAAAUAUGAAAAAGGCUGGCCUUUUAAAAUUGGGAAAGCGAUCAUUGCAGUGCGAAUUCCCUGAUGAUCUUCCUAAUUUCUUGUCUUCAGUGUGUACGCCUGAUCCAAGAGACUGGCGAGCUCCUGGCUACCUAGCGGAAUCAAUUGCCAACUAUACCAACCAUUCCUCCAGUUGGCGAUUUGAGCCACCCAGUUACUAUAAAAAUUUACAGUGUGAUAGAGAGGGGACUCAUGAUAUAGGUUACAUCUGCUUGGAUGGAAAAGGACAGCCAAUCAAGGGGUUCCUGAGUCCACAUUGCAGAAAGGCAGAGUACUGCAUUUGUAAGCCAAUGUACUAUGGGGCCAAUUGUGAGAAGAGGAAAAACCCAUGUGAACAACCUAUUGGCAAAACACCAUCUGGAGAUGUCGCUUGUAGAGUUUCAGGUGGAAAUAAAUGCAUCCCGGAUAUGGUAUCAUCGAGUUACUCCUGUCAGUGUCUUCCCAGUUUCCGACGCUUCGAUUACAAAGAAGGUCCAAUGGCUGGAAAAGACAAUUGCGCUGAACUAAUAAACGUUUGCCUUGCGACAAAAUGCCAUCAUGGAUAUUGCAUUUCUGCAGCAGAACGUGACCCCGAAACAGGAAAAAUGGCUAUAAUUGGAAAGUGUGUUUGCAAUCGUGGUUGGAGAGGUAGGUUCUGUAGUCAACCCUAUCCUAUCAAUAAUUGGACACCAUGGACAUCAUGGUCCGCCUGCGAGCCCUCAUGUCAACAAGGCCUUUACGAGGGUGGUCGAUAUAGAUACCGAAAAAGAAUGUGUAUUGAUCCGUAUCAUGAGGACUGCCAGUUCACCGAACUUGUUUCAAGCAGUGGGAUUAGGAAGUAUAGAAACCCAUUGGUUAUCGAGAGGAGAAUCUGUAGACCAAGACCGUGCGAUAGGUAUCUACGGUUAGCUACUGAAUCUAUUGAAAAGGCACCACCAGAAGCUGUCAUAGUGACUUUUCAAACAAUGCAUAUGAUAGAAUCGGCUUUGGGUCUUCUUUGCAUACUCUUGCUCCUAGUUACGACUAUUGCUUUCUGGUCUGUGUGGAUGCAAAACAAGCGCGCUAGCAAAGCAGCCAAAGAAACCUACAAGAAGAUCCAAGCGACGCUUAAAAGCAAGGAAAACUUCUAG